GGUUCCCCGCCACCACGUUCGCCGUCAUGUGCUUCGCCGAUGUGUAUACCCUCAGCAAGUACCUUCCCUGCAUUGUUAACAUCCAAGAACCCAAAUUCCAUAGCUCCCAAAUCGUAUUUAGUUUGGGCCUUAAUUGGGCCAUGGCCCAAUAUUAACUUUUGCAACACUUUGAUUUAUGGGCCUGUGGCCCAAAUAGUAAACUUUUCUCCCAUUAUCCAUUAAAAUUAAAAAAAAAAAAAAACAGGUGGAGGUAGUAGCUUGACUAGCUUCUAGAUAGUGGGUCUGUGGGUGGGAAUGGCAUCAAUUCCGGCGUCGCGUUGGGUGGUUCCGCCACGGUUACUUUCGCAUUGGAUCAAUGCCAUUGGCUCUUCUAAAACUAAAACAGGUUCUUAUUCUUAUUCUUAUUCUGGAAUAAUCUCCGAUUCCCAUUCUCAUUAUUCUCAUAUCCCUGUUCCUAUUCCACGACGUUGUUUUUCCGCCAUGGCAACUCCACAAGACUCCGCUUCCACCAAAACUGAGAGGGUCGUUGUGAAGGGGAAGGUGCAGGGUGUCUUCUACAGGAACUGGACCAUUGAGAACGCUACCCAGUUGGGCCUUAAAGGAUGGGUCCGUAACCGCCGUGACGGCUCCGUCGAGGCCCUCUUCUCCGGCCCCUCAGACGCCGUCCAGGAGAUGGAGCAAAGGUGCCGACGUGGCCCGCCUGAUGCCAUCGUCACCGGUUUCGAGGCUUUUCCUGCCACGGAUGAUCCUGGCAAUGGCUUCGAACGCAAACCAACUGUUUGAUGAAAUGACUAAGACAGAAAAAAAAGAAAAAAAAUGUUGUGAGUUAGAGUUCUAGAGACAAAUGAAGUGCUUGAAGAGUUCCCCUCCUUCUUGGCUCUUAUAUCAUUGCAGCUGAAAACCAUAAUCCAGGAAAAGGCAAGAGAGUUACUGAUAUUUUGUAAUGUUUCAAGUACUACUAGUGUUGUAAUAAUUUCUUCUUCGUUGUUUCUGCUAUGAUGUUCUAAAUAUGUACUAGUCUGGUACUG